AUGCUCAGAGCCGCGGAGCCGCGGCCCGCGGAGGCCGAGGUCGAGGCGGAGGCGGCGGGACGCAGCCCGGACCCCGCGCCGCCCACCCCGUCCAAGCCGCUCACCUCCUUCCUCAUCCAGGACAUCCUGCGGGACCGCACGGAGCGGCGCGGCGGCGGCGGCGGCCGCCCGGGCAGCGCUCAGCCCCCGCGCCAGUCCGAUCCCGGGCCCGACGGUGCGGCGGGACCCGAGGCUGGAAGAGGCCGCGUCCGGGCGCUGGAGGAGCCGCUGCGCGCCGGGCUCCGCGCCGCACCGGAGGAGACGAGGACCGAGCCCGAUAGGCAUUUUGAGACUUAUCUUUUGGGCUGUGAGCGUACCUCGGGCGCCUUACCAAGCCCUUCCCAGGCCACCAGGCAGCCACAGAAGCGAUCUCGAGCAGCCUUCUCCCACACUCAGGUCAUCGAGCUAGAGAGGAAGUUCAGCCAUCAGAAGUACCUGUCAGCCCCUGAAAGGGCUCACCUGGCCAAGAACCUCAAGCUCACCGAGACCCAAGUGAAAAUAUGGUUCCAGAACAGACGCUAUAAGACGAAGCGAAAGCAGCUCUCUGCUGACCUGGGAGACCUAGAGAAGCCUUCCUCCAUGCCAGCCCUCAAAGAAGAGGGCUUCUCUCGGGCCUCCCUGGUCUCUGUGUACAACACCUACCCCUACUACCCCUACCUGUACUGUCUGGGCAGCUGGAGCCCUACUUUCUGGUAA